AGUCGCUCAACUGAGCCACUUCGAUCCUAAUCUCUCUAAACGACUACACGUUUUACCUUCGUUUGUAUUUAAGAUCAUCCUGAGAGACAUCAGUGAAUGAUAAAUGGGUGGAAAAUAUCAACGCCUUGCCUCUGAAGCCGGAUCCAAGACGUUAAAAACUGGUAUUUUCUCCUAUAUUUUCUUUACCUGGUAAAUGGGCUCCUGAAACUGGGAUACCAACGACCUCUAACUGAUGACGAUCUGUUGGAGCUGUCUGACGAAAACAAGGCACAAGAUCUAGUGGCCAAGUUACACGGGUUAUGGAUGGAAGAGAUUAACAGCGCUGAGAAGAGAGGCAGAAAACCCCGUCUUUGGAAGGCCAUGUCCAAACUAUUCCUUCGAGAUGUCAUUCUCUUUACCGCUUUGAAACUGGUGGAUGAAGCUAUGGAAAUUACUUUGGUAGUAUCAGUGUGGUUUUAUCUAAAGUACUUAGAAGAAGGAUCCCACAUGGACCAGACCUACGCUGUUGGUAUAGUUGCUAGCAUUGGGAUUCCAAGUCUGAUUAAGGUGUUCUUCUAUCAUCAUUCUGAUUACUUGGCUGUGUUGAUGGGUGUGAGGUUGAAAAGUGCUGUUAUAGGGUUGAUCCAUAAAAAGAUCACUGAAUCUAGACGUAGCGAUCUCUCCAAGUUCACAACCGGUCAUAUARUGAAUCUAGUGUCCAACGAUGCCAAAAGAAUGGAUGAAUUGGGCGUUUCAUUGGCGGGAACACUAUUAUUUCCAAUUGGUUUCCUUGCUGCAUUCUUACUUCUACCUUUAUUGGUUGGUUGGCAGUCCUUGUCUUGCCUUUUAUUGAUGUUCGUCUUGAUCAUAAUAAACUUACUACUCACACRACUGUAUACUAMCAUUCGCCUKGAGCAAGYCAAAGUCACAGACAAGCGAUUGGCAGUAAUGAGUGAGAUCAUCUGUGGAAUACGAGCUGUAAAGAUGUAUGCUUGGGAAUGGAAAUACAACGAAACAGUUCAAGCAUUACGAGGGAAAGAAGUGAAUCGUAACAAACAAAAGAAUAGCCUACGAGUAACAUGCGAAMCGCUAAAUUAUAACGUAAAACCAAUGGCAUCCUUCUUGUGUGUGGUAACGUUAGUGUACAGUGGAAUAAGAGUAGAUGCUGCUAGGGCUUUUACACUGGCAAUGAUAUUAGACAUUUGUGCGAACUGCAUGGUUUCGAAGAUUACUUUUAAUGUUCUCAACCUGAGAGAUUCUAUAGUUUCCAUAAAUAGGAUCGAGGAAUUCCUAUGUAAUUGUCCAACAUCAGUGGAUAUAAGUACAAGUGCCAUAAUAUCAUCAAACGAUGCUCAACCGCGUAGGAUUGGAAAUUUGACUUUUACCAAAAAUAUUGAUAGCAGGAGAGCAACAUGUAUCGAACUGGACACUGAGCCCAGAGUAGAUGUAAUCGAGAUAUCAGCAGCCUGGACAAGUCAACGAAAGAGUGUUUUACACCAAGUCUCGAUGGUAGUACGAUCAAACCAGUUACUUAUAGUCACAGGACCUGUUGGCAGUGGAAAGAGCUCUUCACUGAUGGCUAUCCUUGGGGAAAUUCCCACAACUGAAGGGGAGAUUACGGUCCAUGGUCGAACAGCUCAUGUUAGCCAAAUACCUUGGAUCUUCUCGGCUACCAUUCGUGAUAAUAUUAUCUUUGGACGACAAUUUGACGAGUCUCGAUACAAGAGAAUACUAGAAAUAUGUGACCUUGAGAAAGACAUCAAGUGCUUCCCUCAUGAAGACUUGACCAUCAUUGGCCAGAGAGGUGUAGGUCUCAGUGGUGGUCAGCGUGCAAGACUCAGUCUAGCUCGCGCAGUCUACUCAGAAGCAGAUAUCUCCUUACUGGAUGACCCACUCAGUGCAGUUGAUGCUAGGGUUGGACAACACAUCUUUGAUAAGUGUAUCUGUGGAGAGCUGUCGAAUCGAGUAAGAAUUCUGGUGACGCAUCAAGUACAAUACCUUCCACGAGCUGACAAGAUAGCAGUAGUAAGAGAGGGUGCUGUUCUUCUCGGGACAUAUUCGGAAUUGAGCGAAAACGGAAUAGUAGAUACCUUACAGAAAAGACAUGAAGAUACUACAAGCGACUACACAUUACUUGAAGAAGUCGUUCAUUAUAAAGAUGAUAAUUCUAAAGACAUGAGGGAGGAAGAUGAAGAGAGAGCUACUGGUACGGUGUCUUGGCGGUCGUACUGGAGGUUUUUCAGGGCUGGAUUACCAACUUUUAUCAUUGGCUAUCUUGCUAUUUUCUACAUAAUCGCUCAAGCGUUUUUGGUGGUUCCAACUUGGUGGAUGUCACGAAUAGUUCAUAUGACACUACAGGACCAAAGAGGUUCCUUCUCCUUGGGCGUGUUUGGUGGUUUGGUUGGAGCAUCGUUGAUUCUUUCCUUAGCAAAAGAUUUGGCUUUUGUAAGCGCAAUUUUGAGGUCUACAAGAAAGCUGCACGACAAGAUGACACUGCUUGUUAUCAAGUCUCCUGUUCUGUUCUUUGAUACCAAUCCUGCUGGACGAAUAAUGAACCGCUUUUCCAAAGAUAUCGGUGCUAUGGAUGAUCUGCUGCCCAUCCAAUUCCUCUAUUCGGUUCCUUCGUGCUUGGAUAUAGUUAUAGUUAUGUUACUGAGUUCUCGUGAGCUGAAGAGAAUAGAAGCGAUGAGAUGUAGUCCUGUCUAUGACCAUGUUGCCGAAACCAUUACAGGGUUAGAAGUCAUUCGAACAUCAGGGACAGGCUUCAAGAUGAACAUACAAAAGCCUUUUUCCUAG